UGUGCGAUGACGGAGAAAGAGCGGCUAGUUAGCAUGGGAUUCUCGGAGGACUUGGCGGCACAGGCCUUGUCGGCAACCGGCGGUAGUUCCCCAACCAAAGCCGUUGAAUGGAUUCUAAAUCACAAAACCAUCCCCUCCUCAAACGAUUCUUCUUUUGCUCCUCCUAUUCAACCCAAGCUCCACCGUUUCUUCAACUCCAAACCUGAUGAUGCUCCUUCUUCCACACCCAUUCAAGAUGACCUCCUUCCUCUCUCUAAGCGUCUCAAGUCCACUCUCACCCACGCCACCACCGCCACCGCGACCAUGAACACCACCCCCACCCCUCCUCACCAGCCCCUCUACGACCGAAUGCGCCCUCGCACCCUCGACGACGUCGUCGGCCAAGACCACCUACUCGCCCCCAACUCCCUCCUUCGCUCCGCCCUCCACCGCCACCGUAUCCCUUCCAUUCUCUUUUGGGGCCCACCCGGAACCGACAAGUCCUCCAUCGCCAAAGCCAUUCUUAACUCAUUCGCCAACCCUUCCUCCUCCUCCACCACCUACCGAUUCGUCUCCCUCUCUGCUGUCAUGUGUGGUGUCAAGGACGUUCGUGACGCCAUCGAUGAAGCCAGAAGAUCAAAGACGAAGAAUAAGAGAAUUGUCCUCUUCGUCGACGAGGUUCACCGCUUCAACAAGGCCCAGCAGGACUCUUUCUUGCCCAUAAUCGAAGACGGAAGCAUUGUCUUCAUUGGCGCUACCACGGAGAACCCUUCUUUCCAUAUCAUCACGCCUCUUCUCUCACGCUGCACCACCCUCGUACUCCAUGCCUUAGAGCCCAAUCAUUCAGCCCAACUCCUUAGGCGGGCGGCAGACGAUUCUCGGGUUGGGCUCACUGCUAGCAUCGGGAUGAGGCCUGUUCAGGUAGAAGACGACGUAAUUCACUUUGUUUCGGCUAAUUGCGACGGUGAUGCUCGCGUGGCGCUCAACGCCUUGGAAAUCUCUACCACCACUGCAGCCUCUCGAGCCGCACUGUAAUUGGGUUCGCCCAGCGCCAUUCAUUUGGUUUUAGAAGAUGCCAAGGAGGCCUUGUAGUGUAAGCACUUAGCCCACGACAAAUAAGGAGAUGUGUUGGGUUUUGUGCCCUAA